UUAUUGAGUGGUUUUGUCGUGAGGAUUUGCAGCAGAUUCAUUCAUGAUGGCGGAGGACAGCGAGUCCGCGGCCAGCCAGCAGAGCCUGGAGUUGGACGACCAGGACACCUGCGGCAUCGACGGAGACAACGAGGAGGAAAAUGAGCACAUGCAGGGGAGUCCUGGGGGUGAUCUUGGUGCAAAGAAAAAAAAGAAGAAACAAAAGAGAAAGAAGGAGAAGCCAAGCUCAGGAGGAGCCAAGUCUGACUCUGCCUCUGAUUCUCAGGAGAUAAAGAACCCUGCCAUUCCAAUGCAGAAAUUGCAGGACAUUCAGAGAGCUAUGGAGCUCCUGUCCACCUGUCAAGGUCCAGCCAAAAACAUAGAUGAGGCCACAAAGCACAAGUACCAGUUCUGGGACACUCAACCCGUGCCCAAACUCAGUAAGUCAUACGUCACCUCUGCAUGUGUUCGAUUGCAACAUUACAAAUAUGAGGUGGUGACAACUCAUGGGCCAAUUGAGCCGGAUAAAGAAAAUAUCAGACAAGAGCCAUAUUCCCUCCCACAGGGCUUUAUGUGGGACACACUGGACCUCAGCAAUGCUGAAGUGCUUAAGGAGUUAUACACUUUGCUGAAUGAAAAUUAUGUUGAGGAUGAUGACAACAUGUUUAGAUUUGACUACUCUCCUAACUUUCUGAAAUGGGCAUUACGUCCCCCGGGUUGGCUGCCCCAGUGGCACUGUGGUGUCAGGGUCUCGUCCAAUAAGAAGCUGGUUGGGUUCAUCAGUGCCAUUCCUGCUGACAUCCAUAUCUAUGACACGUUGAAGAGGAUGGUGGAGAUUAACUUCCUGUGCGUGCAUAAAAAAUUGCGCUCAAAGCGUGUCGCUCCUGUACUAAUCCGAGAGAUCACACGGCGGGUCAAUUUAGAGGGAAUUUUCCAGGCUGUAUACACUGCUGGUGUAGUCCUGCCCAAACCUGUUUCUACAUGCAGAUACUGGCAUCGCUCUCUAAACCCCAGGAAGCUUGUAGAGGUUAAGUUUUCCCAUCUCAGCAGAAAUAUGACACUACAACGGACAAUGAAGCUCUACAGAUUACAUGAUAGCACUCGUACUCCUGGUUUGAGGCCGAUGGGAGAUGGGGAUGUGAAGCAGGUGACAGCAUUGCUGCAGAAACACCUGAGCCGGUUCCACCUGCGGCCUGUCAUGGGGGAAGAGGAGGUGAAACACUGGUUCCUACCACAGGAGAACAUCAUUGACACUUAUGUAGUCGAGGGCUCUGGCGGGAUGCUAACGGACUCCAUCAGUUUCUACACCCUGCCAUCCACAGUGAUGCAUCAUCCACUGCACAAAAGCCUAAAGGCUGCUUAUUCCUUUUACAAUGUCCACACAGAGACGCCACUCAUAGACCUGAUGAAUGAUGCUCUCAUCCUAGCCAAACAGAAAGGUUUUGAUGUUUUCAAUGCGCUGGAUCUAAUGGACAAUAAGACUUUCUUGGAAAAGCUCAAGUUUGGGAUUGGUGAUGGUAACCUGCAGUAUUAUCUGUACAACUGGAAAUGCCCUCCUAUGGACCCAGAGAAAGUUGGCCUUGUUUUACAGUAACUGGCUGCUUCAUGUUGGAUGCUUAGUGAUCGAGAGGUCCAUCUCAAAUUCUCUGACUUGGAUGUAAUCAAUAUAAAGAGGAAAAACUGACAUUCAUUCAAAGUGAAUGAGUUAUGUUGUGCAGCUCUCUUAGGUCUUGUUCCAGUUAUUGACGGGUCUCCCCUCCUUUCUCUUUGUCUCUCUCUCUCUGAGAAUGUGAGAAACAUUUAUUAAGGUCAAACACAUCCACAAGCUGUAUACACACACAUACAUGUAGUGUUGUUUAUUUUCUUUAACAUGCACUCUGUAUCCUCUCACAGAACAUGUUUAAUCCCAUUGUUUUUGUCAUUUUGUUUUGUAUUAUGAAGGAGUGUUGAUACAUUUGUGUGAAUUAGCAAGCUGUACACUUAAUGCCAGAUAUUUAUUACGUGUUGUGAAGUUUACAACGGAACAUGAACGGGUGGGGGUCGAAAUCCAGUCUUUUCUAUGGAGCUGCCUUUAAAGUCAUAUACCGUUUGGAGUUUCUGCUGUCUGUGUGAGGGGAGGGAGGGGGAGCGUAAAUGGUUAAAUGUGUGGAAGAAUGUAUUGCAUUUUGAAGCACAACGUCAACUUGUUUAUAAAAGGGCCAGAUUGCUCUGAGGUGCAUUUUUAAGAAUAAUAUGUUUAUUUGGGUUUUGUGUGUCCAAAAGAAACAUUUCGAAUUUUGAAUGUAAAUUUCUUUACUUUUUGUUUCGUGAAGACAUGAUUGUCACACCUUAAGUAGCUUCUUUUUCCCACCCGUUUCUGUUCUUUACCAUUCAGUGUUUUUAAAUUAUUAUAAUUUUAGUAAAGC